AUGGCGUCUUUUGAUGGAAAGGUGUAUGCUGCGGGAGAAGACCACGCGAUCUUCGUAGCGAAAAGUGGCUGCCAAGUCUUGGCGAGUCAGUGGAAUAAACUUUUGUGCCUCGGAGGUUCACUGGCGAUGUGUCGAGGUCAGAAUUUUGUUGAUAUUUGGACGAGUGGAGCAGGCGAGGAGAAAACUUCAUCGGGUGAAGUGGUGGUUAAGAGACAGCCCCUUUAUCUUGCACGGGUCUACUGCCCAGAGAAGAAACCAUUAGUUGCCUGUGACUUGUCGGCUGAUGGACGAUUCGUUGCUAUUUCAUCUACUGAUUCGACAACUGUAUACCAGCUGAACACGAAAAGUGAGGGGAAAACGUCUUUGCGCAGCAAAUGUACUUCCCGCCCAGCAUCUGCGCUAAAGAUUGUUGGAAAUUGUCUGUAUAUGACGACCGCAGAUUUUGAGCUGUGGCGGGUUUCAAUCAAAGAUGGAGAAUCGGUUCGAGUAUUGGAGCAAAGUGGGUGUGGAGGAGUCGCCCAACUUGCUGUUUCUCCAUGUGGACGUUUUGUGGCAGUACUUACCACUAGAUUGCAAGUUUUCGUCAUCGACAUAAAAACGAAAGAGUCACGACUAUUACGGGUCAGCCUUCCAAUUGACAUAACAUUCACUGAUGGUGACAGUUUGUUCGUAUUGUGUGCGACACCAGGAUUCAGUGAGCCAAGCGCCAGUACCAAGGUGCUUUUUGAGUUCCCAAAAGCUGGUGGUGCAGAUCGGCGAUCAGCAUCGAUAGUAGAUUUAUUCGGCGCACCAGGCUAUCGUGCAGUUUCUAUAACCGCUGGACCGAAUGAUCAGCUGAUUGUUGUGGCGAGUGAUGGACAAUGGGUGCUCAUAGACAAGUCACGCUCCUCUGUAUAUGGUCCAGCUGGUGCGUCAGCAACAUCGUCUAAUCGAGUGAAUGCUGCGAUUCCCAAGACUCUACACUUCCGCUCUCGUAAACGAGUCUGCUCGUGCAGGUUACAAGCCUCUGAGCCCUCAACGGCUCCGUUCAAAUUGAAAAAGUUUGGACAACAGUAG